UUCUUCAUAUAUUAGAGUUCAUCUCUUUGGUUCUAAAGAAAGAGAAAGAGAGAGGAAGAGAAAAUGUUGCCAGGCAUUCUUUUAUGCUCAGUUAAUCCUAGGAAUCACAGCAAAAAGAAGAAGAUUGAUCGAGAGAGCUUAGAAACUGAGCCCAAAGACAUUGACUACUGGCACUCUGUUCAAUUCAAUCGAGAUCCUCCGAGAUUUGCUCUCAAAUCAGAGAACACCAAUCACCAUUCCCGCAGGAGCGGCGGCGAAUUUGGGAAGACGAAGAAGCGAGGAGAAAUGGCGAACAAGGUUUCUAACUUCUCGGAUCUGAUUCAACGAGUUACUGCGUCUUGUUUGUUGCAUCCGCUCGCCGCCGGCCGGCAAGAUCUCGCUGGAAACCGCCGGGAAGAGUACGAUACUGAAGAAGAGGAGAAUGAGGGGGAGGGAGAGAUUCAGUACGAAGACGCAUUGGAGAAGGAGAAUGGUAAAGAUGAGACUAUUAGGGCUAAGACCGGAAGGAGCGGCGUGAGUGUUGAGGCGUUGCAGGAGAUGGAGAUGGUGAUGGAGCAAGUUUUCACAGCGGCGGCUGCUAUGAAGAGAGCUUACGUGGCGCUUCAGGAAGCGCAUUCGCCGUGGGAUCCGGAGAAGAUGCACGAUGCUGAUAUGGCCAUGGUGGCUGAGCUGAGAAGGAUUGGUUCGUUGAGGGAAAGAUUCAGGAGGAUGAGAGGUACCGGAAGUGGUGGUCGGCGGAAAAACGACGCCGGAAGAGGGAUGCUGAGAGAGGCGGUGGCGCCGUACGAGGCCGUUGUGAAGGAGCUGAAGAAAGAAGUGAAGGUGAAAGAUACUGAGAUUCAGAAUCUGAAGGAGAAAGUCAAAGUGGCUAGUUCUAUGGCCAACGGUAACGGAGGCAAGAAACACCGAUUGCUUUCAAGCCGGAAAGUUAACUGCACCACACAGAUCGCUGUAUCUCCUGUGCCGGAGUUAUUCGAGAUGACUACGAUUCAGGUGAAAGAAGCAUCAAAGUCUUUCACAGGGAUUCUAUUGUCACUGAUGCGAGCUGCGCAUUGGGACAUUGCAGCGGCUGUUCGAUCCAUUGAAGCCGCUUCAGCUUCAUCAGACGGAAUGUCGGCUUCUUCGUUUGCAUCCUCGGUGCAGUCCUCUGUCCCGAACCAGCACGCCAAAUUUGCUCUUGAGUCUUACAUCUGUCGGAAAAUCUUCCAAGGAUUCGAUCACGAAACGUUUUACAUGGAUGGAAGCUUAUCUUCUCUUAUCAACCCGGAUCAAUACCGCCGUGACUGCUUCGCGCAGUUCAAAGAUAUGAAAGCAAUGGAUCCUAUGGAGUUGCUAGGGAUCUUACCGACUUGCCAUUUUGGUAAGUUCUGCUCAAAGAAGUAUCUUUCGAUCAUUCACCACAAAAUGGAAGAGUCGUUGUUCGGGGACUCGGAACAGCGGGAGCUGGUUCUAGCCGGUAACCACCCAAGAAGUCAGUUCUAUGGAGAGUUCUUGGGAUUAGCUAAAGCGGUCUGGCUGCUUCAUCUUUUGGCGUUCUCGCUCGAUCCAUCCCCAAGUCACUUUGAAGCAAACCGAGGAGCUGAGUUUCACUCUCAGUACAUGGAGAGCGUCGUGAAGUUCUCGGAUGGCCGUGUUCCUGUGGGUCAAGUUGUUGGGUUUCCUGUUUGUCCAGGAUUCAAGCUUAGCCAUCAAGGGAAAGGAUCAAUCAUCAAAUCCAGAGUUUACUUGGUUCCAAGGGCUUAAAACGGUUUUCAUUGAGUUCACUGUUUCUUAGGAAUAUAUUAUGGCGUUGUGUUGUUUAAGACAAUCUAGCUUUGGAAAAAUCUUGAAAUAAAGAGAUCGUUCAUAUAAA